UACGACGACUUGUAGUUAUUGAUCUUUGUGUUGCUUUUACAAAAGGUUCGCUCCUUGUAAAUCAGGACUUAAGGAAGUGUUUUCAUUUAUCGCUCUUUAUUGAAUUAUAGUUAAGUCAGUAAAAUUCUUUAAUCACGUGAGACGCCGCCGGAUAUAAAUAUGUUUGAUGGAUCAUUCAAGCGGAGCUGGAUACUAAUUUAAUUCAAAGGAGCUCAUAUUUUUUUACUAUGGCUGCCUUUUCACGUAAGCUAUGUGAAUAUUAUCAGUGACGUGAAAAGCAAUAUCGAUGCACUAUGACAAGAACAAGAACUCCCACAUCUGCACAAGAUUCUCAAACUAAUAAAAAAAAGACUUGCUGCUUUGGCAAAAAAAUCUGCACCUAUUCUUGCAAAGUCUGGUGCAUGGUCAUUGUGUGUGCUCUGCUACUUGCUGCAGCCGCUGUCCUGCUUUACUUUUUGCUCACCAAAAAACCAAUUCUUCCAGAACGUGUCUUGGCACUUUCCAAAAUAACAGAUUGGCGACCACUCUGUCCGAUAGAACUUUCGAUGCCAAAAGAACGUUUUGAUUGCUAUCCUGAAGAUUCAAAGGUAGAUCAAGAAAACUGUGAAUCAAGGGGAUGCUGCUAUUUAGGAUUAUCAAAUUCAGACUCGUAUUCCAAUCAUUCGGAUACGGAGAGUGCUCCGAUAUGUGUUUAUCCAAAGAACUAUGGGUAUAUCUCCUCUGGUAAAGUUGAAUCAACAUUUAGUGGAUUUGAAAUACCUUUAUAUAGAUUACCUAGCCCAUCAAGAUUUGGCGACGAUCUGCAGUUGAUUCACAUGAAGGUUGAAAUGCAAACUAAAUAUAGACUUCGAAUUAAGUUUUAUGACCCAGGAAAUUAUCGUUAUGAAGUACCACAGCCCAAUAUACCGAUGCAUACAUCAUCACAAACAUCUGAAGCCGAACCUGAAGUUUUUCUAUAUUCUGUGACGUAUGAUACUAUCAACAAACCUUUUACUGUUAAAGUUAGAAGAGCCAGUACUGAUGCCGUUAUAUUCGAUACAUCUGUAGGUGCCCUUACUAUGGCCAAUCAGUUUUUAGAACUAACAACACGGUUGUCGACACACAAUUUAUUUGGAUUAAAGAAACGUUCAUUUAAAACAAAUAGGGAAGAUUUUAAUUGGGAAACAGUCAGCUUGUUUUCCUCUAAAAAUAAUCCUAAAUCUGGAUCACAUCCCAUGUAUCUCUGUUUAGAAGAAGAUGGUAAUGCUCAUGGUGUUCUUUUAUUAACAAGCAAUAUACUAGAAAUGCAACUACACCCAUUGCCUGCUGCUACAUUUCGUGCCAUAGGUGGAGUUUUAGAUUUUUACCUGUUUCUAGGCCCCACUCCUGAAGAUGUUAGGCAACAAUUUACUGAGGCUAUUGGCUUUUCUGUUAUGCCCCCCUAUUGGGCUUUUGGAUUACAUACUGGAUUUUCUGAACAACAUUCUUUGAACGACACUGAGAAGUUUGUGGAUGAAUUUAGAAGCAAGCAUAUUCCUUUUGAUUCUGUUGUGUUGAGGCAAGAAAUUAUUGACAAGGUUGCUAUAGAAAAUUUCACUGGUAAAAAAUUUCAAAAUUUCACUUCCAAGCUGAAGAGCAAAAAUCAAAAAUUAGUCCUGGAACUAGCAGCUGGCAUCCCAAAAUCUUCAGUCACCAAUCGUGAUUCAAUUUUUAAUGGAGGCUUACAAAACGAUAUUUUCAUCACUGACAAAUGGGGCUUAAAUGCUGUUGAAGCAUGGUAUCAUGAUGCUGUUGUAGUAUAUCCUGAUUUUGGUAGCUCUGGUGGAGUUACUUGGUGGUCACAGAUAACUAAAAAGAUAUCAGAUAUUAUUGAACUUGAUGGAUCCUCUCUGAUUGAUAAUGAGCCUGUUUCUAAUAGUGAUGGAUCUGUUAAUGGUUGUUUGAAUGACAAUUUAAAUCGUCCACCCUAUGUACCUAGAGUUGUUAAUAAUGCUGUGUAUGAAAAAACCUUGUGCAUGGAUGCUUUAUUGCGAUGGAAAGAUGACACUAUCACUCAUUAUGAUUAUCAUAAUUUUUAUGGCCAUGCAAUGGUGAUUGCAACUGACUUAGCAUUUGAUUUAAAUUAUCCCGCAAAAAGAAAGUUAAUAGUUAGUGAUUCUACUUUUGUUGGUACUGGACAAUAUGCUGGCCAUUACAUUAAGGAUUUAUCUGCUACAUGGGCAGACCUUCAAGCUUCAAUAUCAAUUGUUUUAGGACAGGGACUUCAUGGCAUAGCUUUAUCUGGAAUUAAUGUUUGUGGUGCUGUUGAUUCCCACAAAGAUGAAAGAUCUAAUGAACUUUGUCUGAGGUGGUUGCAACUGGGUAUAUUUUAUCCUCUUUUGCAGUUAUACGGCACUGGAGCUAAAUAUAUUUUUAAUGCGGGUGUUGAUGACAGAGAAUUUUAUCAUGAUAUUCGAAAUGCCUUGUCAAGACGAUAUGAAUUAUUGCCUUAUUUAUACACACUUUUUCAUUUGAGUCAUACUAAAGGUUCUUCGGUUGUGAGACCACUUUUCUUUGAAUUUCCGAAUGACAAUGAAACUUUCUCAAUUGACUCCCAAUUCAUGUGGGGAUCAUCACUCCUGAUAUCACCUAUUCUUGAAGAGGGUGCAGAAAUGAUAAAUUUUUAUCUUCCUGAGGGUAUUUGGUAUGAUUAUUAUCAGGGUGGACCAUUUGUAAGUUCUGGUGAAUGGUUUUCGGAAACUGGAGGACCUUUUUUGGAUAGCAAACAGCCGGCUGUUUUGCAUAUUCGUGCUGGACACAUUUUAACACUUCAAAAACCAUCAGAAACAACAACUGCUAGUCGAUUGAAUUCUAUGAGUAUAUUGGUAGCUCUGAAUUCUUCUUAUGAAGCUAAAGGUCUUCUCUAUUGGGACGAUGGGGAAACCAAAAAUUCUCAUGCCCUUGGAGAGUACAUAUUAGUGGAAUAUUCUGCUUCGGGAAAUACAUUGGUAGUGAAUGGAAAUUUUGGGAAAAAAGUCUUCCGCUCCAGUUUUUACAAAGCCGCUAUUGAACAAGUUAGAAUUAUGGGAUUGAAUAAGUUUCCUAAAAGAAUCAUUAUCGAUGGCAGCUAUAUAUUAUCGAACAAGCAGUACCAUUGGAAUUAUGACACAAUGGUUCUUGAUUUGAAACUUAUAUUAAUACCAUUGGGAAGAAGAACAGAACUUCAAUGGGUGUUUUGAUGAAGUGAAUUGGUGUAUAUAUUUAUACUCUUACUAAGUGUUUUGCCUGCUGGCAGGUCAUGCAUUUGUUCAUCUGUGGUAUUUUGUUCCUUCAUCAUGUAUAUUUAUUUUUUUAAACGAUCAAUUUUUUAAAUCAAAUUUUGUUGCUUUUAAAGAAUUUUAAUAUUUUUAACGGGUGCUAUACAAGUUUAUAUAUUUUUUAAAUGUUUCACAUUGUUAAUGUGCACCAGUGCCAAAAUGUUCUAUCAGUGUAUGGGAGAUGUGUUUCAACAUGUAGUUAUUUGGUCAUUAAAAUGUGUAAGAAGAA